CCUGUGGUGGCGGCGGCUGUGAGGGGGACAAAGAUGGAGCUGUUGCAGGUGGUGCGGCGGGGGCUGCAGCAGGUCGGCGGCCACGGGGGGCUCCGAGGAUACCUCCGCCAGCUGCUCAGGGUAAAUGAUGUGAGGAUCGGUACAUUAGUGGGUGAAGACAAAUAUGGAAACAAGUACUAUGAAGAUAACAAACAGUUUUUUGGUCGGCACAGAUGGGUUAUUUAUACCACGGAAAUGAACGGAAAGAAUACCUUCUGGGAUGUGGAUGGAAGCAUGGUGCCUCCGGAAUGGCACCGUUGGCUUCACUGCAUGACCGAUGACCCACCUACAACCAAGCCCCCGACGCCUCGUAAAUUCAUCUGGAAGAACCAUAAAUUCAAUGUGAGCGCCACUCCAGAACAGUACGUACCAUAUUCCACCACUCGCAAGAAGAUUCAAGAGUGGGUUCCGCCCUCGACCCCUUACAAGUAAACGCAACUGAAAGCGAAGUCUCACCUUGCCAGAUUGGGGGGGGGGCUUUCGAAAGUGUAUAUUUUACGUUUAAAUUUAACUUGUUUAAAAGUAAAAUCAUUUCAGGAAACUUCAA